GUCACGUCACUCCUGCUUCUUCUCAAACCAGUUUCACGCUGAGGACCAGGCACCUGCCCUCAUCUGGACUUUACCUCUUCUGGACUUUUGCAAAACCUCAUCCCGUUUCAGUUAUUUCACCUGGAGGGCAGUGCAAAUGGAGAUCUGUUUGACGGUUUAUCGUUUUUGAAGAGGAAAAAACCCGAUCUGCAAGCACAAUCUACAGUGGCAUAUGUUUGGCGGGAUUAUAUCACACCUUGCACGAUGACUGCGAUGGGAAUCUGGUGCGUUUUAUGGCUCGUGGCAUUCGCUCUCACUUCAGCCGCUCCGAAAUCACACCAGCGACUUCUGGAGAACACGAAUGAACAGAAUGACACUUUGCAAGUUGAAAGAGAUAAUCAAGAAAAUAUAUUAAGUCAGCUGCUGGGUGAUUAUGACAAAGUGAAAGCGCUUUCGGAAGGCUCUGACUGUGGCUGUAAAUGUGUUGUCAGACCUCUGAGCGCGAGCGCGUGCCAGCGGAUUCGGGAUGGUCACGCGACGCCUCAGGAUUUCUACACGGUGGAGACCAUCACAUCAGGACCCCACUGCAAAUGUGCAUGCGUUGCACCUCCGUCGGCUUUAAACCCCUGUGAGGGUGACUUCCGGUUGAAGAAGCUGCAACAGGCUGGGAAAGAUAAUAUCAAGCUGUCAACUAUACUGGAAUUGCUGGAGGGUUCCUUCUAUGGCAUGGAUCUAUUGAAAUUGCACUCAGUCACCACAAAGCUUCUUGAUCGCAUGGACACUAUAGAAAAAAUGGUCUUAAACAACCAGACCGAGGAGAAGUCGAACACAAGGAGCACCUCUCCAAAUCCACAGCCGCCCACAUCUUCACCUACAACUCUGCUUCCACAACCGCAGGAGAAGAGGACCAGUCUGAGGGAGCAGAAUGACGAGGCAGCUGCUUUUCAGCACACAGAGAGUAAAUAUGAAGAAAAGUUUGUGGGAGAUCUCCUGAAGAGCAGCAGAUCAGAUCUAAACAAGGCCGUUGCAGCUUUGCAAGAACAAGAGCGCCAAGGAAGGGAGAAGCAACCAAAAAUAAUUGUUAGGGGGAUCACAUACUAUAAAUCUGACCCAGUGGAUGAGCCAGACACAGAGGAGAACUUAGAUGAAAAUCACAGUGGUGACAGCCCUAUUGAUCUCUUUGCCGACGAGCAGCUCCUUCAUCACAAAGCUCGCCACUUUAGGCCGGUCAUCAAGGCGUGGUCCGUCCGCCCAAAACCCAAGAGUGAAGUCUCAAAAGGUGGAGAUGACUUUCAAACUCCAUUUACUGGACUGUUGGACACUGCCUUGCCGAUUAAAACGUCUACUGAACCAAUAUCCGUUCAGACUCAAACCAGUCGUUCCACCACAGACAACUCUACAGGAAAUGAAAGAGCCACACCAACACCUGCUGUGAUGGAUAAUUUAAAGGUCACCAUCCACAAGGAACAUAUUAUACCUCAAACCAUCGCCAAAAAAAUGGAGGCAAGCAACAUGGAGCCCUUAACUCCAUCUGUAAGACAAGCUCAAAACAUGCUGGUCAGGUCAUCCAAUCUGGGCCACAUUAAAACGAAUGAGUCAGUCACAGCAGCUGCUGCUAAAGGGGUGGCUGCAGAGCCAACUCUGACAGAGAUCACCACCAACAGGACUGUUGAAAAGAAAACAUCUGUAUCUUCUGUGACCGAAAAUGGAAUUGUUACCAAGGAAAAUCUGAAAGAUGAAAGAAAUGCUUCAAUGCUUUCAGUGGAGAGUUUAACUCAAAGCACAUUUAGGAGAAUAACACCAUUACCAACUCCUCAUUCGGAUUCUUUAACAGUCACAGAAAGCUCAUUGGGAUCAACUGCUCACACAAGAGCUGCUACCACCAUUGUGACGUCACCUCAUGCCAUUGAAAGCAAGAGAGACUCAGUUACCCACUUACCCAAGAUGACUCCUAAACAGACAUUAACCUCAGUGCCGUCUUCGAUGACCACUACAAAAACUACCACAAUAACAACUACAACCCCAAGCAAACCUGGCAAACGUAAAUAUAGCAUAAGCUGGGAUGAAGAGGAAGAGGUAGUGGUAGAAGAGGAAAUGGAAAGAAUGAAAGCUGUAAAAACUGUGGUUGAAGAGAGCGUGGUAGAGGGACCUCAAAAGAAGCCAGGAAUGUGUAAGGACACUUUGGCCACAAUCUCAGAGCCCGUCACACACAAUACAUACGGUCGUAAUGAGGGCGCUUGGAUGAAGGAUCCACUGGCUCAAGAUGACAAGAUCUAUGUCACAAACUAUUAUUAUGGCAACAACCUUCUGGAAUUCCGCAACAUGGAUGUCUUCAAACAAGGUCGCUUCACUAAUUCCUACAAGCUGCCUUAUAAUUGGAUAGGCACCGGCCAUGUGGUCUACAAGGGUGCUUUCUAUUACAACCGCGCAUUCUCUCGAGACAUUAUUAAGUACGACCUGCGGUUGCGUUACGUGGCUGCCUGGACCAUGCUGCACGAUGCGGUGUUUGAUAAUGACGACGUGUCCACGUGGAGAUGGAGAGGACACUCGGACAUGGAUCUGGCCGUCGACGAAAGCGGACUUUGGGUGAUCUACCCAGCGCUGGACGACGAGGGCUUCUUGCAGGAAAUGAUCGUCUUGAGCCUCCUGAACCCCAAUGAUCUAAGCAUGAAGCGUGAAACCACAUGGAGGACCGGGCUUCGACGCAAUCGCUACGGCAAUUGCUUCAUCGUAUGCGGUGUUCUUUACGCGACGGAUAGCUACAAUCAGCAGGACACCAGUUUGUCCUACGCCUUUGACACCCACACUAACACUCAGGUAAUCCCUCACCUGCCUUUCAGCAACAACUAUACUUACAUCACUCAGAUCGAUUACAACCCCAAAGAGAGGGUGUUGUACGCCUGGGAUAACGGACAUCAGGUCACGUAUAAUAUUCAGUUUGCAUAUGUAGACCCACUGUAGACCAGAGCAAGUGUGUCCUUUGCACAAAGUAGAAGAAACCAUAAAUGUGUUCAAGUGGAUUGUGGAUCAGUUCACUCAGCUUUUCUUAACUUCAUGUAGUUUAAUGUACUUCUUAAUAUGCUAUUAUGUUUUCAAAGUGUAAAAACAGACCCAUAUUGUUGCAUUUAGGGUGAAAACAAAGAAAAGCAACUUCGUUAACAGAAUUUCUGUACACUCAAACGCUGCAGCUAUAUGAGCUUUGCAGUUUGCAUUGAUGCCCACUUCUUUAAAUAUUGUCGCUUGCUUUUGCACUAUGAAAAUGAACCUCUUUAUGUUUACAGCUAUACCUCUAAUAAGGCUGGCAGAACUUUUGAGGCGUUGUAUUCUUAAAUCCAGUAGAAUACAUUGUAUAUACUGUAAUAUAAAAGCUAAAACAUGGGAUUAAUGAAUGUAAAAAAUACAA